UUCCGGAUAGAGGCGGGGACGCUGCGUCAUCGCAAUGGCUACUGGCCAAUCAGCGCUCGAGACCUCUCUUGUUUUUCCAUAUGCGUACUGUGAUUGGUUAGAAUGGCACCACCCACAUCAAGCAUGUGACAGAGCACAACAUAACUCGAGUUAGCAUUAGAAUUUUAAACGUUGAAGAGAUAUGAAUAUGAUAAGUAGGUGUGGAUAUGUACGCAUAGAUUGUGUACAUAUGGGAAUGUUAUUGUGUUCUAUUUUUCUAUUUUUAUUGUAUGUUAUGUUAUGGUGUCUUUGUGUGUGCAUGGUGUAAAAGCCAAAUACAAAUUUCCACUUGAGGACAAUAAAGGAACUAACUAAAGUUAAUUAUAACAGCAGAAAAAUGUGUUUGUGUUUUUAAAUGUGUUUAACAAUGUUUUACAUGUUUAAUUAUAACCACAGAAACAUGAAAAAAAAAAAAAUGGAAAUACGAAUAUAAACAAUGGACAAGUUUAAGCCAGCCUGCACUGAUGCUGCAUUGACUUAUGUUGCUAACGAACAUCUGAAUGUGUUUGCGGGAAGACAAAUCUUAUUUUAAACCAGAUACUUCUUUAAAAAGUAUUUUUGACCUAUAGACUAUAGUAUUUGUAAACAUAUAAUCACUCUUAUUGCGUGCUAAACCCAGAUUAUUAUUAUUAUUUUAUGGAGCGCAAUAGAAUGAGCUGAACACAGAGGCUGCGCUCUUAAUGGAAGUGGAUGGGGACUACUGUUAAAUAGUCUCUUGUUUUGAUAGUCCGUCAAUUCAGCACAAUAUGUUUGUGUUCCAUGAAAGAAGAUGUCUUACGGGACUGAAAUAUCUUGUGUACGUGAGUAGAUGACGGGAUUUUCAUUUUUGGGGUGAACUGUUCCUUUAAGAACGGUCUUCCGUUCCACUAUUGAAAUAUCGGUAAAUUACCACGGACACGUACAGCUUUCUUUGGCAAUCAUCUACAUGACUCUCUUUAGGGAAGUGUUCGCUGUGUGUUGCUGUGCUGGAGGAUGAUGAUGACAGAGCGGCAUCACGCGCGGGGUCGCGACGCGACCUGGACAACGCGACGCGCGUCAUAUGAGCUUGUUGUAGCAACACGGGUUUCCACGGGGAGGAGAGAGGAGGAGACAUGAUGAGGCUUUUACUUCAUGAUGCACAGUUGACAUUUCAUUCCGCAACUCUGAUCAGAUCGAUGGAGUCAGGGCCGACAGCUGAGGACUGUUCCCCGGUCAGCGAGCUCUCCUUCGGCCUGCAAAACCUCCAGUGUCAGGACGGUCUGAGUCCAAAGAGCUCGGCCCCCUGGAGAAAGCUUUUGACGCCUGAAUGCACCAGUCCGCCGCGCUACACACUCUCCAGGGACAGAGAGACGCCGACAGUCUCUGCAGCGAGAAGACGACGAGCAAGAAGCCUGUCACCCGAGUCCUCUUCAAACACGGCCAUGUGUCAGUGGAGGGACCGUCCCGAUUCUCCUGCCCAUAAAGAGACUGAGCGAGCCUUUAAGCGUCUGCGAGUGCGUCUGUCCAGCAGAUUCUGCUCCGGUGAAGAGAGACGGAGGCAGUGCCGCAGUGACCCAGAAGAGGACGCUAGUGUCCCGCCACAGACGCACGCGCUCCACCCAACGGCCGUUGAGAGGUUCAGUCAGCUGAGGACACGACGGGACGCCCCGCCCAAACACGUCACUCAGGAUGACGUCGCUGACCUCACACUCAUUGGGGACUUCAGUAAGCAACACCUGCUUCCUGUUGAGAGAGCCGGCCAUCGGGAGCUUCACUGUGUCAGCGCACAAACCGUGGCGUCUCUGAUCAGAGGUCAGUUUGGUCCUGCAGUGGAGGACUUCCUCAUCGUCGACUGUCGUUACCCCUACGAGUACCAAGGAGGACACAUUAAGGGCGCUGUGAACCUGUACACGGAGUCUCAGAUCCAGCAGGCGGUUCAUCAGGAUCAUCCGUCCGACUCAUUCCCAGAGAACCAGGGGUCAUCAUCGCCACGGAAACUCAUAGUGUUUCACUGCGAGUUCUCAUCAGAACGAGGACCACAUCUGUGUCAGUAUCUGAGGAGGCUGGACAGGUGUGUUAAUGCCCAGGUGUAUCCGAACCUGCUCUAUCCUGAGCUCUACCUGCUGCUGGGGGGUUACAAACACUUCCACGCCUCCUAUCCGGAUCUGUGUGAGCCCUGCGGUUACGUGCCGAUGCGUCAGCGCGAGUACCGGGAGCAGCUUCACGGAUUCCGCAGGAGAAGACCUACACGGCAGCGAAGACGACGGCCAAACAGAAUACAUCAAAGAACGACACGCUAAAUGUUAUAUUAUAUAUUUAUUUGUAUGAUCUUUCAUGUACAUCUGUCAAGUCAACUAUACUGUAGGCCACUUAAUAAAGUAUUUCAAACACUCACUGACUGCGGUUUAUU